AUGUCGCUCGACACGGCCGCCAUCACGGCCGCCAGCGCACGCUUCCCCAAGCCCGCGCGCAGCUUCACCUACGGCACCGCCGGCGUGCGCACGCUCGGCAAGGACCUCGACAGCACAUGCUUCCGCCUCGCCAUCGUCGCCGCGCUGCGCUCCAAGUGGGCAAAGGGCAAGGUGACUGGCCUUAUGGUCACUGCCAGCCACAACCCGGAGCAGGACAAUGGACUGAAGGCCGUCGACCCGCGCGGCGAGAUGCUCGCCUCGUCGUGGGAGGCGCACUGCACGCGCAUCGCAAACGCCGCGUCGGACGACGAGCUCGUGGGCGUCGUGCAGGACAUCGUCGCCAAGGAGUCGAUUGAUCUCUCGCAGGCCGCCGUCGUCGUCUACGCCUACGACACGCGCCCGACGUGCCCUGCGCUCGUGCGCGCCCUCGAGGCGGGCCUUGACGCGCUUGGCGCCACGAAGCGCAACGCUGGUCUCCUCACGACGCCGCAGCUGCACUACCUUGUGCGCGCGUACAACACGCAGGGCACAGACGAGGCGUACGGAGAGCCGACGGAGGAGGGCUACUACGAGAAGAUGGCGCAGGCAUUCAAGACGCUCGUGCCGGCUGCGUCUCCGCUCGUGGUGGACUGCGCCAAUGGUGUCGGCGCACCGGCGCUGCAGAAGCUGCAGAAGUACAUUCCCGCCGCGUCGCUGCCGUUCAAGGUGCUGCGCACGGCCAUCUCGACGCCCGGCGCGCUCAACUCGGGCUGCGGCGCCGACUAUGUCAAGACGACGCAGUCGCUGCCCGCGGGCCUGGAGAGCGAGGUGCAGGCCGACUCGCGCAUGUGCUCCUUCGACGGCGACGCCGACCGCAUCGUCUUCUACUACCUGCGCGGCGACCCGCGCGAGAAGGCCAGCUUCCGCCUGCUCGACGGCGACAAGAUUACCGCGCUGGCGGCCGACUGGAUCAGCGAGCUCGUCAAGACGGCAGAGGUGGACCUCAAGGUCGGCUCUGUGCAGACGGCCUACGCCAACGGCUCGUCGACGCGGUAUCUUGAGCAGCGCGUGCCGGUGACGUGUACGCCGACGGGCGUCAAGUACCUGCACCACGCGGCCGAGAGCUACGACAUUGGCGUGUACUUUGAGGCCAACGGGCACGGCACGGUGCUCUUCUCGCCUGCGUCGAUUGCCAAGCUCAAGGGUGCCGGCUCCGGCGCGCCCGAGGCGGCCGCGGCACGGAAACAGCUGCUGGCGCUCACCGAGCUGAUCAACCAGACGGUCGGCGAUGCACUCUCGGACAUGCUGCUCGUCGAGGUCGUGCUGCGCGUCACGGGGCGCUCGUUUGCCGAGUGGGACUCGACGUACGAGGACCUGCCGAACCGCCUGCUCAAGGUGCUCGUGCCCGACCGCACGCUCUUCGAGACGACGGACGCGGAGCGCCGGCUGACGCGGCCCGCCGGCCUGCAGGCGCAGAUCGAGCACGAGGCGGCCAGGUAUGCCGGCGGCCGCUCGUUUGUGCGCCCCAGCGGCACCGAGGACUGCGUGCGCGUGUACGCCGAGUGCGAGAAGGCGGAUGAGCUCGGCGCGCUGGCGGAGAACAUCAAGAAGCUCGUGGAGGACGCUGCCAAGGCUGCUGCACAGGCCUAG